CCAGCGAAAGGGUGGUUCGCCUGGGAAUUCCCCCAGACUUUUGAUUGCCGCGGGAAAAACGGCGGGACGAACCAGACAAGGAUUGGUCGAUCUCGGGGGCCAAUUCUUCGGGACUUCGGUGGAGGUAUCGAAAAUUACACGCGCAGGAUCGGUGCCUUGACACGGCGAUGAUACCCUCGGAUUUAACUUAAUGUCGUCGAGUCGAGCGGCGGAAGCUGAAAGUCGAAGAACAGAGCGAAAUAUUUAUAAUACAAUAGAUCUCUCGUUUCGUUAUCAUACUGUCGGUCUUGCAGACGAUACUCAUUUCAGAAAGUGCUAAUGCUCCGUGGCAAGACGAAACGUCUUGACGAAGAGACGUGCGAUUCUGAAAAUAAGCAGAGGAGACCUAAAUGCGCCCGGUGCAGAAACCAUGGAUUGAUAUCCUGGCUUCGGGGUCACAAACGUGAAUGUCGUUAUCGGGAGUGCGUGUGUCCAAAAUGCGCCCUGAUUGCCGAAAGGCAACGAGUGAUGGCUGCCCAGGUAGCGCUGAAGCGACAACAGGCAGCGGAGGACGCCAUCGCGCUGAGCAUGGCGAAGGUGGCAACGGGUCAGAAACUGAACCGUCUCCCGCCGGGAAAAAUAUUUGGAAUGGCUGUGACGGAGCCUGAUGCUACGGACUCGAUAUCGAACAGCAAUUCUAUCGUGUCCAGUAACGGAGCAGAGAAAGACAGAAGUCGUCAGAACGCCAUAGAAAGUACAGAGAGAAAGACGAGCCCUACGGAAGAACCUGCAGGCCAGUGUGGAGUCCUUCCAACCAUCGGCGAGAAGUUAGUAACGAAAGCUUCGCGGUCUUCGAGUACCUCGGAAUUAGUCUGCCCUGAAGUUGGCUCUCCGUCUGUUGGCGAACGUUCGAAUUCACAGCGGUACAGAACGCUGCUGUUCAACGUAAACAAAACGCACGGAAUUGAGAGGAAUGACACAAUGGAUAAUUCGGGGAAGAAGCUGGAGGAUGGAAAUGAUUCGGGAUCCAUUGUUUCUCAGGCGUCCGUUCAGACUCUCGCCAAUUUAUUCCCCAGCACAAAGCUCUCGGUAUUGCAGUUGGUGCUUCAGCGAUGUGGCCAGGACCUGUUAAAGGCCAUCGAGUACUUUGCCGCCCAAACGGCUCUCGGGGCUGGCACCGCUUCCGGUUCCGCUUUCAGGCCCGUGCAGAACCUUAACGGCGGUAUUAAUCAGCCCACGCAAAGCGUCACUCUGCAGGGAAUCCAAGGCGUGAACCACGGCCUUCAGGGCAACGUGCAGCAGCAGACGCCCCCGGAAGUCCCGAAUUUCUUCGCCUUUCCGCCGACGUACUCGAGCUUUCCCCGAAAUAUUUAUGGCGAUAGUUACUGUCUGCUCAAUAUCGUGCCGGAACAGUUGCAGCCGAAGAGCUCGGGUGCGGAAACGGCGAACUUGACCCUCGCUAAAACCGGAAGUCCGCAGGAGGAUAGCGUUGCGCUUAACGUUCAGUACAACAACUACUUCAAUUCCAAUAUUCAGCACCUUCGAGAACACAUGUGCAAUCAAAUGAUCGACCCCCACAGACAAGGCCUGCUUCACCUACCUCCGAUUUUACCCGGAAUACCUUGCGUGCAACCCAACUGUGCGCAGUGCUGCAAAUUCCCAUGAGUCCACCGGUGACAGUGUGAUAUGAACUAGACUUAAGAAUAAGAGUUAUUAUUAGUAUGAACAGACGGAAAAGA